AUGAGCUUUUCUUCCUUACUUUCAGGUCUUCGUCAAAUCAACGAGGAAGAUCUUUACGAGUUUCUCUACGACUUGUACGUAGAUCACGCACCUCCAGAAAAGCAGCAUUUAGGUUAUGUCGACAAGUCAAGAGACUUAUUGCAAGUUACUCUUCCUAAAUCCAACAUCGAUCUAACAAUAUCGCAAUCGCUUUCUGGUUUAUCUUCAGGAAAAGAGACAUCGAGUACAGGAUUCAUAUGCUGGCAGAGCGCCAUCUAUAUGGCUGACUGGAUAUUGGCAGAUUCUAAGUGCCCAUUCAGUCAAGUUUUUGAACCCUCGUCGAAACUACUGGUGCUUGAACUAGGUGCUGGUGUUGGAGGUGUACUUGCAUCGGUGGUGGGACCAAAAGUUGGCCACUACGUAGCGUCUGACCAAAGACAUAUUCUCAAACUAUUGAAGAGCAAUUUCGCUGAAAAUGUAGUCAGCCUUCGAUAUACUAGUGCCACAACAGACAAGGCAGAUGGUGGGCAACCGAAACGAACCGAGGAUAUAGAGUGGAGUAAGAUUGACUUCAUUGAAUUUGACUGGGAGAGAAGAGACAUUGGAACCACCAACUUUGCACUGAUCACAGGCAGAAACACACCAGACAUUAUUAUUGCCACAGAUACAAUUUACAAUGAGUACCUAAUACCGCAUUUUGUUGCUUCACUCAAAGCUAUGAUGUCAGACGAUUCAAUUGCCAUACUUGUGGUUCAAUUGAGAGACGAGGACAUAGUCGAACGUUUUUUGCAGGAAGUCUAUGACCAAAACUUGUUUUUGCACGCAGUUCCUGACCAUCUUCUAAGUAGAGAACUCCUUCAAGGAUUCAUGGUCAUAUGUAUCACUAGAAUAUCCGUAGAACUGUGA